AUGGAGCGAUUGCGCGCGUUGGAGGAUGAACUCAGGGAAAUGCUGGGCGAGCACGUGGUGGAGGAGGCCAUGCGAGGAUUGAAGCUGGACGGGGAAGAGGACGAGGCGUCGGCGGCGACGGACGAGGCUCCAGAGCCGCGAGCGGAGACGCCGAGACCGCGAGAGAAGUUAGUUUUAGCGCCGACACCGAUGGCAAAGGAGGGAUCCGAGGGGGGGAGCGCGUCAAGGAGAGGAACGAGUGCGUCGGCGACCGCGAACGCCCGAGACGACGAGCCGUGGGAUCCGUACGCCGCGUUCAUCGGUAUUCGAAGACAGAAAGAGCCAGAGCGUCCGCGUGAGGUCGAGCCGCAUGUUUCACUUGCAGCGGCGGCAUCGAAGGUAAUGAUACCGCUCGAUAAAUCUCUCACGCACGGCGAGACACUCAGGCUUGUGGCUGAUUUGGAGAAAAAGGUGAAGCCCGCGUCGGCGGCCGACUCUCUCUCUCCAAAUUUACACCUCGUGAGCGAACCCGAAGUAAUCGUUGAAGACGUCAAGGAUGAGACCGUAGAGCGGAAUUUCACGCAGCAGUACACGCGUGAAGAUGCGGUCACGAUAUUAGAGCUCGCAGGAGAUGCCCCGACAGGACUGUGGAUGGACACUGCCCAGCACAGCAAUUUGCGCUCCAGAGCGCCUCUCAUCCUCUCCACCGCGACGCACAAAGGAAAAGAGAUCGUCGAUGAUGCCUGUGAUUUAGACGAGAAGAGUGUUACGUCCGGUCGAACGUCAGGGACGCACGCAAGAGACAAAGGCUCUGGACGCGCGCCUAAGAUAGCGGGCGUCGAGACCGUUGCGGAAUUUCGACAGCUCAUGGAUAGCAUCUUCGAGGAGGGAGAGGAUGACCGUGGCGGAUUUAGCCAUUAG